AAAUCACUGUCAUGAGACUUACUUACUAGAGCUCGCUGUAAGUUAUCACGCGACUUUAAAAUAUAUACAUGAAGAAUGAGUGUCGGUGUCAGUGUGUCAUAGUGUAAUUUGUGUCUCAACAUUAACGCCUUGUGGCGAGUUUAUUCGACAGUUAUUAAUCUCCUCGAGAGUUUGUCGUGUUCAAGGUCUCUGCGUCUGAGGUUUGAAUCCCAUUCUGUACUAUUUGGAAAGAUCAGGUGAGAAAACGGAUUUUUUUCUGUUGUGGGUUAUCGAUCUGCAAUCUUGCGUUAUGUUUAGUCUGUUGCUUACAUAGUUACGGAGUCAGCGCCUAGAUUUUUAAAAUAAGGGAGUUUGAGGUUUUCCUAAACACGCAUAGUCGAAAAUGUUGCCGCGCAAAAUAAAGGGAAAAAUCCAUUAAAAAAUUCCUUUAUAUUAAAUUUAUGUUCUAAAAAAAAAAAAAAUGCUUUUUCAUGACGCGGUCGAAAAAGUUCAUAUAAUUUUUGGGUAAAAACAUCUUAAGUGAUCGUGGUGAUCAAAACAUCUCUUGUCACCGCUGGCUCAAGACAUCUUAAUUCUUCAUUAAAUCGUUUCAAAUCCUAUACUUUUAUAAAUGUGAGGCCAUUGUGUCAAAUGUUUUAUUCACUUAUUUUCCAUAAAAAAAAACAAAAAAACAACAACAACAACAACAAAAAAAACAAGCACAUUAGGUUGAAACUAAUGUAACAUUAUUUCUGAGGAUCAAAUCAUAAUGUUAAAAAGUACGAAUUUAUUAAAUAAUACGCAUCUUGGGUAUCCAAACUAUUUAAAUCAUAUGGCUCUCUACAAAAAUUAAUUGGAAAUUUGAUACAAUUUUGUUCUCCAGAAUACUAAAAGGAUGGCUGAUGACAUUGUCUUACUCUUCGUUGGAAGAACUGGAAAUGGCAAAAGUUCUACCGCCAACUCUGUCAUUGGUGAAAAGUUCUUUAGUACAGGCAAACUCUAUGAUGAAAAGAGGGUUGAACAGACAAAAACUAAAAAAGUGGACGGAUUCAAGAUGACGGUUGUAGAUGGCACAGAUAUUGGUGACACUGGAUCUGAUAUGAAUGGAGAUUUACAAGACACAAUACGAAAAGCUGAGACUGCCGUCCAACUCUGUGAGUCUGGUUUCAACGCUCUCAUCUUUGUUUUGACUUACGGCACAAGGUUCACCAAACAGGAGAAAGACGCCGUGGAUCUGAUCAAGUCAUUGUUUGGUAAGGACAUCUUCAGACGUUUUGGUAUCAUCGUCAUGACACGUGGUGACCAGUUUGAGAUGGACACAGAGGAUGAACCAAAGACAUUUGACCAGUGGUGCCAGGAACAAACUGGGGAUAUUAGAAGUCUUUUCCAAGAAUGUGACUACAGACUGGUGUUGUUUGAUAACAAAACAAAAGACAAUCAAGUUUUGUCACGACAACGGGAAGUCCUUCUGAGGUUUGUUCAACGUGACAAAAGAUAUUCCUCCAAGGAUUUCAAUGACGCUGAAAGUGGCCGGAAGGACAUUCGUCUGCUUCACGAGUUUUCAGAGACGGAAAGGGAAAGUAAGGCCCUUAUGGAAAAGAUCGAUUCAGUAAUUGGACAUAAGAAAUCUAAAGAACCGUUAAAUCAUCUUACUGAUCUUUAUGAUCAAACAACAAGAUAUGAAAACGAUGUGUUGAAAAAGUUUCAAGGUUGCAGCUAUGCGCAAGGGCUGCUGAACAAUUUCUCGUUGAAAAAAAUGGCAUUGAAUAUGAAAAUAAAAGAGAUGAAAGCCGUUGAUAUCACCUCUUCGGGAGAGAGUGCUCCCCGGAGCAAGUCAAGUGCUCCCCGGAACAAAUCAAGUACCACCAAAAGCAAUACGUGUACAAUAUUAUAACGAAAAUACACUUUUAUUAAACAGUGACUAAAUUGUAAAUAUCAUCAUUUUUAAACAGUUAAAAAAAUAUUACUGGUGCAUUAAAUCGAUUACUUUACUUGAAUCUGUGGAAUAUCGUUCCGCUCGAUAUAUAUGAUGAUUCGUAAUUGAGGCUAAUGCUUCUUAGAGGCUUAUGGAUGUCGAUUGUAAAUAUCGUACUGUUCGUUCCUGAUUAUAAGCCGAAGGCUUACUACCUAUUGUUCCCACAUUUCGGUAUUUUAUUUAUUUAUUUAUUUAUUUUUUUGCAACUGCACAAGUCUAAAGAUUCCCCUUUUUUGAUACUAUUUGUAGAUAAAAUGAUUCCUAAUUAUUUAAUUUAUGUUUAUUUUAACAAAAAAUGUUUUAAAGUUUAAUGAGGAGGCACUUUUUAACUUAGCUGAAGAAAGUUAUAGUAUUUUGAUAUUCAAAAUAACAAAAAUAAACCAAAUGAAUAUUGUGAAAUUUAUACACUAUUUUUUACGAUUUCCUUCAGAUAAAAAUCACACAUUUAUAAUUAUAUAUUUUCUUUUGUAAAAGUAACUCAUGUCUUCUUAACAUAGAUAUGUCGUUCUGUUCGCUAUACGAUGUGAAGAAAUUACCAGUUUUGAUUAAGCAUAAAAAUGUAAAGACCUUUCUACUUAACUUCCCCCACCCCCUUUCUUUUGACUCUGC